GGUGGGCGGCGCAUACAUUGCGAAAUCUCAUUGAGCGAUUCCAACUCCAAGAUGGCAGCGCAGGUGUUGAACAAACGUGCCUCAUUUCUCGUGAUAGCUAGAUGUUUCCAUCGCCAGGAGACGAUGCAGCUUGCUCAUCCAUUGCACACAGUAAAGCUAUACAGCACACAGAUCUGUAGACACAGAAUUCAGAGACUACACAGAGUAGUAGGGUGUAAUACAUCAUCUCUGAUUGCUGGAAGGAGACUUGGUAUAGUCUCAAUACCAGACCUAGUUACAGGGAGAAGAUGGAACAGUACAGAGACAGGUGUCACAGAAUCUCUAACUCAGAUUGGAAGUACAGCUGGUUUAGAGAAGAUUACUGAUCCUUCCUCUGUUGGAUCUAUAGCAAGCACAGCGCAAGAUAUCCUUCAACCUGUAGGUGAAGUACCUUUUAGUGAGCUUGGUCUAGGAGGCUAUACACCUAUUGGUUUACUUCAGUCAGGAUUAGAAAUGUUACAUGUAUCAGCUGGUCUGCCAUGGUGGGCUUCUAUAAUAGUAGGAACUCUAAUAGUGAGAACAUGUGUAUUCCCACUCAUGUUAAAGAAUCAGAAAUAUACUAUCAGACUCAAUAACUGUAUGCCAACUUUCCAGAGGUUAUCAAAGGAGAUGAAUGAUGCAAAGGCCUGUGGAGAUCAGUUUGAGAUGACAAGAAAGAGUAUGGAAUUGCAGCAAUUCAUGAAGAAGAAUGAUGUUAAUCCUCUCAAGAGUUUUGCUGGUAUCCUUCUUCAGGCACCCAUCUUUAUUUCUUUCUUCAUUGGAUUACGUCGAAUGGCAACCCUCCCUGUGGAGAGUAUGCAGACAGGAGGUCUAUGGUGGUUUACCGAUCUAACCACAAGUGAUCCAUACUAUGCACUACCAGUCAUUGCGAGUCUAUCAAUGUUUGCUGUCAUGGAGCUAGGAGGAGAGGCAGGUGUAAGUAAUGCUCAAGCUCAGAAGAUGAGGAAUGUUCUUAGGGUGAUGCCUUUUGUCAUCCUUCCUUUCAUUGCUUCACUUCCAAAGGCGGUCUUUUGUUACUGGUUGACGUCCAACCUCUUCUCAGUAUUUCAAGUUGGUCUCUUGAGGUUGCCAGUAGUAAGACAAGCCCUUGACAUCCCAGAGAAGAUUCAACAUGAUCCAAAGGAUCUACCAAAGAAAGAAGGAUUCUUCAAGGGACUCAAAAAAGGUUUUGAGAAUGCUCAGACAAACUACGAUGUAGAGCAGAAUCAGAAGCUACACCUGAAGAAGCUGAAGGAAGCAGGAACUGGCCCUGUACCCCAGACAUUCACCUUUGACCCCACUAGGCAGCAAUCAAGCUCCAGUCACCAAGCACCUCCUCCCAAACAGAUUAGAAAGAAAGUACGAUGAAUAGAUACUCUGCUGAAUCUAAACAGAUUCAAACGAUUGGACUAUGAACUUUUUUUAUGAGAGAAUAGUUAUUUACCAGACAUCAGUGGUAAAUGGAGUAAAGGGUUGCUGAGACGCUAUUAUUUCGCUCUUGUGCCAAGUUUGUACAUCAGAACGAUCAAUCUUUUAGCCCUUUACAGAUAUAUCCUUACCCCUGUCAUUGGAUUCUGGCUUACCCGCAUGUUAUGUGCACAUUCUCCACUCCUGGGGAGUAUUCUAGCUCAAGCGUAUAAGCUGAAAUGGCUAGUCCUACUAUAUUUGCCUUUGCAUUAUAUGAUUAAAUCUUUCCAAAUCAAUAUGUUGAAUAUACAUUGUUAAGAUAGGAUAAUUGUUAAGGAGAAGAAAGUUGUAUGAACAAAGUUGUAUUGCUAUAGUCAAGUAAAUGGGUUUAUUUCCAUUUGGCUACUGCCAAUUGGUUCAAUGAUCAACUUGUCUACUAGUAUUUGGUCUACCAUCAUGUUGUCUACUAUCCGUACGGUCUAAUUGCCAUUUCGUCCACUCAACAUUUCAUCUAAUAACCAGUUGAUCCAAUAGCCAUUAAGUCCAUGUACCAUUUGGUCUAAUUGGAUGUGUUAAUUGGGCGACAUGAUUGAAAAGAAAAUGGGUAUUAGACUAACUGGUUAUGAGAUGAAAUAUUCAUAGACGAACUGGUGAUUAGACAGUGAUUAUUUUCCCAAAUGGUUAUUGGGCCAAAUGGCUGUUAGAUGAAAUGUUGAUGGAUGGACAUGGCAUUAGACUAAAUGAAGGUAGACAAUGUGAUGAGUAGAUCAGUUGGCAGUAGACGAAUCAGCAAUUCAACAUAAACACACGCAGCAUUGCAGCAUGAUUCACUCAAUUCUACUUUACUAUGUGGAAAAGAAAAUGGGGGGGGGGGCAACGUCAAUUUAAAAAGUCAUGAGAAUUUGAUGAUAACCAUUGAUUUAUGCAAAUGUGCCCAUUUUAUUAUCUAAUUAUUCAAAAUUUUGUGAACACAACUUUCCUGAUUGCCUAAUUUUUAAAUGACGCUUUUGUGAUUGUGUCCAACUCUCUCAAAUUCAUGGAAGUUUCACAAAGCCUAUUUCCUUAUAGCUGUUAUAAGCUACUGAAAUCCUUGAAUGUGAUCAGCUGAGGGCAUCUGUAAAUCAAUGAGAUAGAUUUUCUUACAAUAAAUUUUAUGAAUGCUUUGUGCAACAUUAACACCAGAAUCAAUUUCCCUACAGAAUUAUUCAUCAGGCAUUUCAAUUUCCUAAAUAGAGAAAUAAUUUUUCAUGUCUGGUAAACUUCAGGAUGUACAUGUAUGCCUUGCAAAAAUAAGUGAUAUUAAAAUGGAAGUGAUAUUUAAGAAACUUUACCAUUAUUUUUGUAUGAUUUAAGCUUUCUGUAAAAUGCAUUUUAUGUGAAGUAAUGACUCUUUCCAUUUUGUCAAAUGGCUUAUUCAACAGAUCCAUGGUUAUAACUUUAACUAGUUUUCAGGCUUCACAGGAGAUACGGUAAUGAUGGCAAAUCACCUCAAAGAUUUCAGACACAGAAAUCUCUUCAAUAGUGUCCUACAUUCACUGUUUUUUCAAGCUAAUUAUUAUAUGCAUUUCGGCGGCAUUCAUCCGAACCGUUGUAUCAAUCAGUUUUGGUAAAAAUCUUGAGUUUGAGAUUUUUUCAGAAAAUGAAGGUACAAAACCAACUCUAUACAUGAAUUCUAGGUAGCAAUUUUUUUUAGAUAUGUGGGGAUUCUCAAGGCAAAGCCAUACAAAUUUUUGAUAAAAUGCGCAAAUCCCAUUGGAAUUGUGUCCUGUACCAAAGAAAACAACAGUUAAAUGCGCUUUAAUAUGCAAAUACGCAUUCAGCAAACCCGUUGUAUCUGCAUGCAUUGACUUUGCACAUAAAAGAGUGGUAAGAUGUUUUGUUGAUCGUGCUUAUUGAAAAUGCGGUCAGCAUUUUUGUACAGGGAAUAUCUAAACUGCUGAAACCGAAAUUACAAGCAUGUAGCUGUUAUGCAAUGAUUUCUCAAAUCUUGGUUCUGUGUAAAAUUAAAGAUAUCAAUGUCAAGCACCUGUCUUGGUCUUUCCUAACACAUUUUUUUCCAGCAAUAAAAGACUUGCAAGGCUUGGAGGAAAAAGUGCAAAUUAUAGUAAACUUUGAAGUUGAUUUUCUGUGAAAUGGGUUUCACACUCAUGUCGCGAUACAACGGUAUGGCUCGGAUGACCGCCGACGAAUUGAUAUUAGACCUUAAUGGCGAUUUUCCUGUUUUCCUGAAAAAAAAAUGUUUCAAUAUUUCCAUUGACAUUUUCAGAACUGAAUAUUCAAAUGAUUGGGCUGAAGGUGAUAUGAUGAAAUAAUUGAAAUGUAGAGUUCAAUCCAAUGUCACAUUGCCCUGAAAUAACAAAGGUGGUAUUAAAACUGGUAUGUAUCAGGUGCACUGAAUUUAG